CCGCGCGCGCCUCCUCGAGUGGCGGCACCGCGGUCAUGGCGCUCCGACCCCCGACGCUCCGGGUGCUGCUGCUCUGGCCGACACCUGCGGUGCUCAGCCGGGGCCUGGCCUCGGAGGGGCCUCGGGAGCCGCUGCCCGUGAUCCGUGUCCCGCAGCCUCUAAAGCCGCGGCGCGGGACGGGGAUCCGAGACGGGGCCGCGCCGCGGGUUACGGUGCCUCGGCCCGGGCCGCUGCUGAUCGCCGCGCGGAGGCCCGAGUUCAACCAGCCGGCGCGUCUCACGGUGGGCCGUUGGGAGCGCGCGCCGCUGGCCUCCCGCGGGUGGAAGCACCGGCGCUCGCGUGGCGACCACUUCUCCAUCGAGCGCACCGCCCGCCAAGUGCCGGCGUUGCCCCCUGAGCCCGAGGCGGAGGAGGGGGCGGGGGGCGCCGCCUGCGCCGGCUUCUCCGCCCUGGGCCUGCAGCCCCGCGUGCUGGAGGCCCUGCAGCAGGCGGCGCCCGCCGUGGUGCGGCCCACGUGGGUGCAGCUCCGGGCCGUGCCUCCGCUGCUGCGCGGCCGCCACCUGCUCUGCGCCGCCGAGACGGGCAGCGGCAAGACGCUGAGCUACCUGCUGCCCUUGUUGCAGCGCCUGCUGGAGCAGCCCGCGCUGACCUCCUCCCGCCCUGCCCCCCGCGGCCUGGUCCUCGUGCCCUCCCGGGAGCUGGCCGAGCAGGUGCGGGCGGUGGCGGCGCCCUUGGGCCAGGCCCUGCGGCUGUGCGUGCGGGAGAUCGGCGGGGGCCGGGGCAUGGGCAGCGUCCGGCGGCACCUGGCCCUCCCGCCUGCCGGCGUCUUGGCCCCCCAACCCUGGGCGCUGAAGGGGAAGCUGCUGAGCCUGGAGCAGCUGCGCUUUCUGGUUCUGGACGAAGCGGACACCCUGCGGGGACCCGGGCCGCGGUACAUUGGACCAGAGCCCCGUGGCGGGGACCCCCGGCUGGAGGACCCCCUUUGCCCCAGGCGUGGUGCUGGUGGGCCACCUUUCCCGGGUGGGAGGCUGCUGAGGCAGAGUCCACGGCCUUGAGCCCCUCGCACCGUCCCAGCCCCGGCUGCCUCCUUGCCCCACGUGGGGCCUUCCCUCGGCUCAAAGGCCAGAAGGUGGCGGGCGAUUAGGAGCCUCAAGCUGCACGCAGAGGCCGGGCCGGGCCGCGCGGGGGCCGUUCUGGUCUUCUGUAACAGUUCCAGCACCGUGAACUGGCUGGGCUACAUCCUGGACGACCACAAGGUCGCACACUGGCGGCUGCAGGGACAGAUGCCGGCGGCCAUGAGAGCGGGCGUCUUCCGCUCCUUCCAGAGCGGCCUCAAGGACGUUCUCCUCUGUACAGACAUAGCCUCUCGCGGCCUGGACAGCACUCGGGUGCAGCUGGUGAUCAACUACGACUUCCCGCCCACCUUGCAGGACUACAUCCACCGAGCCGGCAGAGUGGGCCGAGUGGGCAGCCAGCAGCCCGGGUCUGUGAUCAGCUUUGUGACGCAUCCUUGGGACGUAGAACUGGUCCAGAAAAUUGAGCUGGCUGCUCGCAGGCGGAGAAACCUCCCAGGAAUCAAGACAGUCGUUCAGGAACCUUUACCCCCAGUAGAAUUGAGGUUAGCCAGUGAUGCUAACAAUGCAGUUAUUUAUGACUGUGAACAAAGGACACUUCUGGCUGUCCAAGGAGGUGAAAGAGCCCCCUUCAGAGGGAGGGGAGGAUUUAAGUGCCACGGGAAAAGUCUUUCUCUAUAGGAGGGUUGCCAAACUUCAGGGAUGGAUUUUGUGUAGCUCUACUUGUUAGGGUCAACUUUUGUGCAAUAAAAUCUAAUUUAACUGUUUUGCAUUUAGUGUAAACUACCUCAAUCAUUAAUCACCUGUUCUAUCUGUAUGGGGUGGGGAUGUCCAAAGUUUUUUAAUAUGCAAUACAUGAAUAAUUGUGCAAGCCAUGUGAAUUUUCUAUAUGGCAAAAUAUAGCCUACUUUUUCCGGGUUUUAUUAGUGUCUUUUUCACAUCUCAAUCAUUUCUUUAUAUAGUCUUUAUCCUUCCUCUUGUAACAAACAGUUUAGCAAUAGAGCGCCUAUGUCAACCUGGGUCUUCCACAUUCAACUCUGUAGUCAUGUAAGUUGUUCUGGUUCUGCUUACUAUGCCCUAUAUUUUUUCCCCUCGUAUUUCUCAAGAUUUUUUUUAAAUUUCUUGGUAUCCAGAUCAGUGAUUUUGUGGGUGUAGGCAACUCUCUAUGAUUGCAGAUCUUUAACACUUAGCAACUUUUGGCUUGAUGGCUAGUUGCUUUAGGUAGUAAAAAAUCCUGCUCUUGCUCAUUCUGAAGCCUGUUCUUGUCCAGCACUUGCCACAUUACUUUAUAGAAGGAUUUGUUAUAUUUACAUACCAUAAUUUGCUCCAUCAUUGCCCCAUCAUCUGAAGUGUCCAUACAUAUGCUUGGACCCAAAGAUAUCACUGCUAGAUGUAUCCUAAGGUGAUCGGCCUUAAAUAUAUACACCAAACUAUUUUUUUGGUUACAAAAAACUGGAAACAUUCAUUAGGGAAUGACUAAACAAAUUGUAAUGUGCAUGUAAAUGAAAUAUUGUGAUACAAGCUGUAAACGUGAUAGCUUGGAAAAUUAUAGGAAGUGAUGCAAAGUGAAAUAAGCAAUGAAUAGAGGGCUGGACGUCCUGCUGACUUGUCUUGAGAGUUUGCUCCUUCCAUCAUCCUUUUUCUUAAAAUGUCUAUCUUGUCCACUGCCUCCUCCUUUCUUCAAACGUGACCAUAUCUCUUCUUCCUAAACCUCAGAUCUGAUCAAACUCCUGGGCACCCUAUUAAAUAAUAGGGUCAAGUGAAAACUCCUGCUUAGCAUUUAAAGCUUUAGAUAAAAUGAAUAAAGAGCUAGGUUUAGAGUCAAGAGGAAUGGUGUUCACAUCCCAUCUUUUGUACCAAGUUCUGUGACCAUGAAAGUCCUUUCACUCUGUUUCCUGUUUAAAUGAGGGGUUUGGACAACAUAGCCUUUAAAGUCUAUUAUAAAUCUAAAUCUGUGAUGCUAUUACUCCUUUCCAAUCGGGCUCCAUCCUCCCUUUCCAGCCUUACUAUACUUGACUGACUGUCAUCCACCUUGUGGUCCAGUCAGUUUGCCUUAUUGUAUAACAGCUAGGUAUGCAGCUCAGUAACUGGCCUGGAAUCAGAAGAAU